AUGUCCAGACGCGUCGCCUUGAGCGUCCCCUCCCCCUCUUCAUCAUCCCCAACCGAAUGUCCAACUGCACCCAGAACAUUAGGCGACGACACCGACGGCACAAGUCCAAACCCUCUAUAUACAGCGCCUCUCUCGCGCCACCUAAGCUCGCGUCUCCAGCCCUGCGGCCGAUCGCCCUAUGACCACCAACCGGAACCAGAGCCGCUGGUGUGCGUGGUCGUCGAGUCGACACUACUUCCCCGACUACUCGCCACACUUCCCGACGAAGCCUCCCUGCUCCCGACCGAAGAGGAGGGGAGGUACCCGGGCAUGAGGCUCGACGUGGGGGUCAGGCUCUGGAGCGAGUCACUCCGUCCGCUCCGCACCCCUGAGACGACACCAUUCCCCGUGCUACUGGCAACCGACACGAUUGGAACACCACCCGACCCAACCACCAAACUCGCUGCUGAUCCUGGCCUCGAAGGGGGCUGCACACCGGUGUACGGCGUGGUCGACCCCCUGCCAAGCCUACUCCUAGAUGAGCUCGGCCUAGAGGAAGAAGUCAAUUGGGUAUCACUUGCGCUCGGUCCAGGGACCGGUAUCCCCGGCGAAGUGUCCUGGAAGGGGAAGCUCGCCGUUGCGCGAACGGGGGCGGUAGAGGGUUGCGUCACGGUCUUGGGCGAGGCCGACGACUGA